GGUGGGUGUGUCUUCGUGCUUAUUUAGAGCCAUCAGACUCAUCAUCUCCCCCGAUCAUCCUUCCCACCUCUGCGGAAUGGCCGGCUCAAAGGCUCUUCCCACGUUCUGCUUCCUCUUGUGCGCCGCCUCUUGUGCGCUAGCAGCUGCUUCAUACGACUACAUGAUCCUGUCUCUCAGAUGGCCGGGGACUCGCUGCCAGCCAGGGUGGAACGGGAAGCCGACCUGCUGCGUUGACCCGCUCAUCGGCAACCCCGAGCCAGACUUCCUGGUGGAGACCAUGGAGACCUACGACAGCGCCACCGGCAAGCUCGUCGCCAAGUGCGAACCCAACUGCCGCUUCUUGAUAAACCCGCUUGUCGAUCUGUUGGACGACUUGAACGCCUACUGGCCCAGCUUGAGCUGCCCAGCCCAGAACGGGAAGCAGGUGUGGAAGGCCGCCUGGUGUACCUACGGCAACUGUACCAGCCUCAGCGAGGUGAAUUACUUCGGCCGGGCGCUUCAGCUCCGGGCUCGAGUGGACAUCCUCCGUGCUCUCGGCUCCAAAGCCAUCAUCCCGUCGGAGACGAAGAGCUACAGUUUGGAGGACAUCGAGGACGCGCUGGUGCCCAAGAUCGGGUUCUCGGCGGUGGUGGAGUGCACCACGGAGAUGGGCGUGCUGAGUCGGGAAUACCUGCUCUCCAGAGUCCGCAUCUGCGUCUCCGCCGACGGCAAGUCUCUCAUCGGUUGUCCCUUCGCCAGGAAGAGCAACUGCGGCAGCAAGGUCAAGUUCUACCCGUUCACGGACGACAUGCUCGGGCGCCCGCGCCAUCCGGCGGUCGACCACAUCAAGUUGCCAUCGGACAAGGCGAUGACUCAGUGAUCGAUCCACGGAUUACUGCCCUCUUGUCAUGCGGAUGUCAUCAUCAUCAUCUUGGCACUCAAACAUGAUGAAUUGCCUGUGUGUAGGAUGUCAUCAUCGUCUUGCGAUCUACUGGAAUAAGAUGUUGUUUUAUGAUCUCUGUCUCUAAGAUUAAUCAAAUAACAACAGAGCAUAUUACCUGUCA